AUGACUGCCACGCGCCUCGAGGCUAGAUCCCGCCCUUCUUCUCAAACUCCAUCCACAACGUCAACGUCAACCCUGCCUCCCGACAACCGUAGCCUCAACUCCUCAACCCACCACGACGAAGUUGAGCGACAGAUCAUCUACGAAGCAAGACAAGCUGAUGCACUUGAACUGUACGCAGAGAUGGUGAAACCAAGCGCACAGCUGUUAGGGAUGACUAGUCACUCACCCAGCCAACCUUCUCCCAGCACCACUUCAGCUCCUGUUACUCCCGUUACCCCAUCCCCAAGCAGCAAUGCUCCCUCUCCAAGAAUACAGUCCAUACACGAUGGUGCACUCCCGGCUCUUCGCACGUUAGUAGCUUCUUGCGCGUAUACAACGCGGGCUCGGCUAAUCGUGACAGUUCACUGAUGCUGGGCAAGUACUCGGAUCUGACAAUUAUCCAUAAACAACGAACUUGGCAGGCGCAUAAGGUCAUCGUUUGUUCUAAGUCGCCAGUUUUGGAAGCCAUGAUUGAGGGACUGGAAGCAUUGGAAGUAAGUGGCAUGAGUGGUUGCUUCCAUUGUUGAUCAACAUUUCGCAUGCUUGCAUUUGGGAGACGGCCUAACCGAAACUCUAGGGGCCGAUCCUUGACAUCUCCCAAUAUGGAUCAUCCGCAGCAGCAGAAUGCCUACUCGAUUACAUCUACACCUCCGGUUAUCCCGAACCACGCGGUGACAUAACACCAGAGUCUAUCCUCAACCUCCACGUCCAAAUUUUCAUUCUCGCAUCUACUUUCCAAGUCCAUGGCCUUCAAGACUAUGCCGCUGAGAGAUUCCAACAUGACCUCAUCAGCCUUGUCACAGAACACGAGUUAUUUUUCAACCUUGUACGAAGAGUCUACAAAGGCACCACGCACGAGAACCCCGGUUUACGAUUGGUGGUUGUUGAAAUGGCUAUCGCAGAAAUGCAAAAUAUGCUAGCUGAUGAGGGAGUAAAAUGGGCGUUUCUGCGUUUGACGAGUGAUGUCACAGAGUUUCAGACUGAGAUUUAUGAGGGUUUGAUGAAAGGUAUGGCUGUUAAAGUUAUGCCUGUACAGCCUGUUUUGUGUGAGAGUUGUGGGCCGAUGGAUGAGAGUGAGAGAGGGUUCGUGGUGGUAACUUGCGAGAGGUGUAAGCAGGAUAGGCAGGUGAUGAUUGGUUGA